CGUGCCGGCUGGAUUGCUGGAGUUCUCGUGGCUCUGCCGCCUCUUUGAUUUGUACACAGCCCAGGACAGUUGGGGGUCACCCCAGGGAGUCGGGAGCUCGGCGCAGGGAGGAGCGGGGCUGCCAGGGUUCCAGGUCCUGGGUUCGCCGGGGCCCCGCGGGCUACGAGGAAGCUGGAGCUUGAGAAAGGCCCCUCUGUCCAGUCAUGCCAAAGAGGAAAGUGACCUUCCAAGGCGUGGGAGAUGAGGAUGAUGAGGAUGAAAUCAGUGUCCCCAAGAAAAAGUUGGUGGACCCUGUGGCUGGGGCAGGAGGUCCUGGGAGCCGCUUCAAAGGCAAACACUCUUUGGACAGCGAUGAGGAGGAUGAUGAUGAAGGGUCCAGCAAAUAUGACAUCCUGGCCUCAGAAGAUGUAGAAGGUCAGGAAGCAGCCACACUCCCCAGUGAGGGAGGUGUGCGGAUCACACCCUUCAACCUGCAGGAAGAGAUGGAGGAAGGCCACUUUGAUGCUGAUGGCAACUAUUUCCUGAACCGGGAAGCUCAGAUCCGAGACAGCUGGCUGGACAACAUUGACUGGGUAAAGAUCAGGGAGCGGCCGCCUAAUCAGCGGCCGCCGUCAGACUCAGAGGAGGAGGAUAGCUUGGGCCAGACACCAAUGAGCGCCCAAGCCCUCCUGGAGGGCCUUCUGGAGCUGAUGUUGCCAAGAGAGACAGUGGCUGGGGCACUGAGGCGCCUGGGAGCCCGAGGAGGAGGCAAAGGGGGCAGCAAGGGACCUGGGCGGCCCAGUUCCCCCCAGCGCCUGGACCGGCUCUCCGGGUUGGCUGACCAGAUGGUGGCUCGGGGCAACCUCGGAGUGUAUCAGGAGACAAGGGAACGAUUGGCCAUGCGGCUGAAGGGGUUGGGGUGCCAGACCCAGGGACCCCGUGACCCCACAGUCCAACCCUCCCUGGACAUGUUUGCUGAGGAAGUGGCGGAGGGGGAGCUGGAGACCCCAACCCCUGCCCAGAGAGGAGAAGCAGAGUUGCCCGGAGAUGGUCUGGCCGAUGUGAUGUGGGAAUAUAAGUGGGAGAACACAGGGGAUGCUGAGCUGUAUGGACCCUUCUCCAGCACCCAGAUGCAGCCAGUGCAGGACAGAGCCCCAGAAGUGGAGACUUCAGGCCUGGAACGGCUGGGACACCUGUUGGGAGUGAGCAGGAAAGCUGAUACUCACUGGCUCCCCACUGCCUCAGCCUUCUUAGAAGUGGAUAGAAACGGCCUCUUAGGUAAAGUCUAGACUCAAUGUUGGCACUUGAAGGACCUUCCAAGGGCACCUGGGCCAGUCAUGCUUUGUACAGGCACGUAGAUGGGCAGUGUCUCACUGGAGGUUACACAGCACGUCAGAGGGCGGGCCCAGACCCAGUGGGCUCCCUUCGAAGACCUUUCUUGGCACCAGGGCUUUUCUCUCUGGCCUUGGAAGCCUUGUGGCUUACGUUUCCUGGGCUCCCACAAUGUGUCUGACACUGGUUAGUGCCUUGAGGGAACUGAGAGAACUGGGCUGGUCCCCUCCCAGGAAUUCAUAGUCAGGGGGAGGGAUUGGGAGGAAGACUGAUACGCAUAAUUGUAUAGUCUGAACCAAACACCUUCCACCUCCCACCGGUGCUGCCUUAUGCCUCUUCUCACUCACACCAGUUAGUUCUCCACCUUGGCUCUCUGUUGGAGUUUUAUGGGGAGCUGUAACAUCACUCCGCAGAGAUUCUGAAUGAAUGGAUCUAGGUAACGGCCUGGUGUUUGGGGCUUUAAAAAGCUCCCAGGUGUUUCCCACGUGCAGCCAGGUGGAAAACCACUGGGCCUGACUCCAGGACUGAGGUUACACUUGGGGAAAGGGGCUGUUUCGUGGACCCUGCUGUGGUGGAGCUGAGCAUGGGUGUGGCCGGGGCUCUGGUGGAGUCUUACCUAUGGGAGAGUCAAGCACCAGAGCCAUGGGGGCAGAUGGGAGGGUGGAAGGAGUCAGGCUUGGAACUAGGAAAGGCUGGAGGGCAGCGUGGGGAUACUUGAUGCUCUAGUGAGGCACCCAGCUUAUAUAAUAAUUAACUACUAUAAUAAUUAGGCCCAUUCUAGUGCCAGCCCAGACCUGGAUUUCAUUGACUUCAAGAUGCCUUCAGUUGUAAGAUGUCUUACUUUAUGUGUCAGUUAGAAAGAAAAGCCUGCGCAUUGCAGUUGUAAGAUGUCAUUGGUUCAGAGCUGCCUCCUGAUUUCAGAAAUGUUUCAAAGUGAAAAACAGAUGUCUUAGAACCAGUGAAAUACAGUGUUCACGUUUAUAUCCCCAGUGACCGACUCAUGGGAGGUACUUAGUGUUUGGUGAAUAGAUGGACGCCAUGGGGGGCAGUUCCCCUGGAUGUCCCAAAGGCACCCCAGGCUCCACAAUCCAAAGCUGGCCUCACCUUCCCCACCCGUACAGCCUCCUGUGUUCACCUCCCCGAAGACACCAUGUGUAGGCAGAAUAAUGGCCCCCAGAGAUGACCACUUGUGAAUAUAUGACUAUAUGGCAAAAGGGACCUUGAAAUGUGAUUAUGUUAAUGACUGAGAUGGGGCGAUUAUUCUGGAUUAUUGAGGUGGGCCCAGUGUAACCACAAGGGUCCUGUUACAUGAAAGGGACUGAGGCGGGUCAAAGUGAGAGGGAGAUGAAGAUGUUAUACCCACGGCUGGGUUUGAAGAUGGAAGAAGGGGGCAUGUACCGAGGAAUGCAGCAGCCUGUAGAAGCUGGAAAAGGCAAGAAAACGGGUUUUUCCCAGAGUCUCCACAAAGACAUGCAGCCCCACUGUGGGUUUUAGCCCAGUGAAAACCAUUUUGGACUUUUGACCUCUUCUAGAACUAAUAAAAUUGUGUUGUUUUAAGUUGUUAA